GACUCCAUCGAGUUGGUCUUUGGUCGUGCAUCGUGCUGAACUGCUGACGCUUCGCGCGGGUCCGAGGUCAGGCAGCAGCAGCACGGAGUAGCACCAGGGCGACCGCCCAGGUUAUCGUCGGCCGCCGGCGACCUGUACCCCGGCGAGGAGAUGCAUCUGAGCGCGAACGAGGGGAUCGAGGGUCUGCGAUUCGCGGUGACGGGCGGGCAGGGCUUCGUCGGAGCUGCCCUCAGCCUCGAGCUGCUCCGCCGCGGUGCCCGCGAGGUCCGGUCCCUCGAUCUCCGCGCCUCCUCCUCCUGGUCCCAGCAGCUCCUCGACGCCGGCGUCCGAAUCAUCCAAGGCCCUGUUUUGCAGGGGACAUAAGAAAGAAGGAUGAUGUGCGGAGGGCUUUCCGUGGAGUGGACUGUGUUUUCCACCUUGCUUCUUAUGGCAUGUCAGGGAAGGAGAUGGUGCAGACUGCGAGAUCUGAUGAGGUUAAUAUAAAUGGGACCUGCAAUGUACUGGACGCUUGCCAUGAGCAAGGUGUCAGAAGGCUUGUGUAUGUAAGCACAUACAAUGUGGUAUUUGGAGGAAAGCCGAUUGUCAACGGAAAUGAGGCGUUGCCUUAUUUUCCGAUUGAAGACCAUGUUGAUGCUUAUGGGCGCAGCAAAUCAGUUGCUGAACAGCUGGUACUGAAGAGUAACGGGCGGCCAGCUAAGAGUGAUAAAAGUAGUCGUCUUUAUACAUGUGCAAUUCGCCCUGCUGCUAUAUAUGGACCAGGUGAAGAGCGUCAUUUUCCAAGAAUCCUGUCCCUUGCAAAGUUGGGAUUAGCUUUCUUCAAAAUUGGGGACCCAGGUGUCAAGACAGAUUGGGUUUAUAUAGAUAAUCUAGUUCUUGCUCUGAUAUUGGCAAGCAUGGGACUUUUAGAUGACAUUCCUGACAGGAAGGGAACUCCUGUAGCAGCUGGUCAGGCGUAUUUCAUAUGCGAUGGAUCACCAUGCAAUACUUUUGAAUUUAUCAUCAAGCCCCUUUUUCAAAGUUUGGGUUAUUCCGUUCCUCAAGUGGUGCUGGAUACCUCCGUUGCCCUUGCCGUUUCAAGAAUAUUUUUAUUCAUAUCUACACUGUUCUACCCAUGGCUUGAUAGUAAAUGGAUGCCUCAGCCUCUAAUUCUCCCCGCUGAAGUUUACAAGGUUGGUGUCACACACUACUUUUCGUUCUUGAAAGCUAGAGAGGAGCUCGGCUACGUGCCCAUUGUGAGGCCCCACGAAGGCUUGGCCGCAACGAUCUCGUACUGGCAAGAGCGGAAGAGAAUGGAGCUGGAUGGCCCGACCAUAUUUACUUGGCUGGCCGUAACGAUCGGGAUGCUGGCCGUGUUUUCUGCCGCCUGCCUCCCGCCAGUCGGCCCGUUGAAAUGGGUGCUCGACGUCCACAUGUUUGUUUUCCGCUCGAUGCUCGUGAUCCGGCUGGUCUUGGCGGUAGCGAUCGCACUGCAUGCUGGCGAAGCCGUGUACGCCUGGUUCUUGGCGAGAAGGGUUGACCCGAGGAACGCUGCCGGGUGGUUCUGGCAGACCUUCGCUCUGGGGUACUUCUCCCUCCGGUACCUUCUCAAGAGAGGCAGAGCGUGAAUUCGUGUUUGGUUCACAUGUACGUACACUGCGGAUCCUGUAACAGUGGUUCCAACUUCCAAGCUUCAUGCUUGGUUUUUAUUGAGGAGGAGGCGUCAGGCGUAUGAGCAAUCCCCAGAUCGUAUCCCUCCUGACAUCUGCCUGUGGUCGGAUCGGAUGUACUUUGUGGUGAUACUGUGAACUGGUGAAAGUUUAACAGGUCGCUUUCUUGGAUGAGCUGUAAUGUAACUAGCCAUUGUUAGAUCCAAAUGCAACUGAUGCUCCAGCAGAAAUUUGGUGGCUGUCGCACAUCUAACGCCGUAUACGAACCGUAUGAUAUUAUUGAUAUUGAUACGUCGAAGCUGAAAAAAAAACCCAGCUCGUUUUCCUU